AACAAAAAUACACAAUACUAAACAUGGAGGCUAUUCCUCGGAUGUUGAUGCUCAGUAUUGAGCUAAAAGAAAGUGCUGAAAGAGUAGAAUUCGGACAUGAAAUCAAACAGCACAUAUCCCAGCAUUAUAUGGAAGAUGCUUCAAAAUAUAAUGAAGAAAUCAGACAGCUAGACCAAUUGCGAACUAAUGCUUGUAAUGUAACAAGAGACUUCAAUGGCAUCAGCACGCUCAAGAAAUAUUAUGGUCAGCUCCAUCUCCUCUCUAGUCGAUUUCCGUCUGAUGCUUUCACAUUCUCAUGGAUUGAUACAUUUGAUGAGGAACCUUACACACAUACAGACAUCCUAUUUGAGCAGUCAUGCAUCCUGUUCAACCUAGGAACCCUACAUUCCAUCUUGGGAGCCAUUGAGUCACGUGCUUCAGAAGAGGAGAUGAAGGUAGCAUGUACUCACUUUCAGUGUGCAGCAGGGGCUUUCAGUUACCUCAAGGAUAACUUUCAGUGUGACAUGAGCCCUGAUAUCUCUUUUGAGCUCAUGAACAUGUACAUCAACACAAUGCUGGGUCAAGCCCAGGAGUGCCUGUUGGAGAAGUCAAUGCAGGACAACCGUAAGAGUUCCUUGGUGGCCCGUAUCAGCAUGCAAGUUGUGGAUUAUUACAAGCAGGCACUGAAGGGACUAGAUGAUUCUAAUAUCAGUAGUCUGAUGGGAUCUAGGAGGAAUAAAUGGUGGAAGAAGACACUGCAGAUCAAGGUUCAUCACUUCACCAGCAUUGCUUAUAUGUUCAUGAGUAACCAGGCUGAAGAACAGCAGAAGUAUGGUGAGAGGGUUGCAUACCUGACCUAUGCACAAACAAAACACAAUGAAGCUGUCAAGAUGAGCAAGGGUCAACCAGAAAGCAUCACGGAGGCCCUCAACUUUGCCAAGGAUGUUGUGAUUGGAAAGUUCCAGUCUGCCACGAAAGACAAUGAAUUUGUUUAUCAUGACAGUGUGCCUACUUUUGAGAGCCUUCCUGAAAUCAAAGGUGCAUCAUUAGUAAAAGCUCUAACAUUCCAACCAUAUGAUGAAGCAGUAGCAGGACCGGAUAUCUUCAGGAAGCUUGUUCCAAUGGAAGCUCAUGAGGCAUCGUCCCUAUACAGCGAGGAGAAAGCAAAACAACUAAGGAGAGUGGUGGAUGAAAUUGAAGACAAGAACAAGAAAUUAGAUCAAUAUUUGUCUGCAGUCCAGCUAGAACAACUGAAGCUGCCAGGGAGUGACCCGGAAGUACUUCCACAGGUCCUACUGGAGGUGUGUGCUGCCCUCAGUGUCAAGACUGAGCCAAUUAAGACGCUAGUCACCUCCAUGCAAGAGCUGUCAGGGGUGGUCAUGGAUGUGGAUUCAUCAUUGAAAGAAAUUGAACAACUCCUUGAAGAGGAAGAAAAACAAGAGGCAGAGUUUCAGAAGGAGUUUGGGACAAAGAGUGCCAAGUCUUUGGGAGAAAUGAAGAAAGAUCUGACAAAAUGUAGGGAGCUCCAUGCCACUGCUAGCCAGUCCAAUGCGGAGCUCCACAAGGCCAUGCAAACCCACAUGGAGAACAUCAAGCUCCUGGCUUCUCCUGUAGAGACCCUCCAGGCAACCCUCCCGUCCACUAAGGAAGCAAGAAGUAAGUCCCAGAGGGAUGAGGUGAUCACUGUGUCUGAUGAGGAGGAUGAUGAGGCAGAGAAAAAGAUGCAGAAGCUUGUUGCUAAGGUAGACGAGAUGAAGACUCAGAGGCAGACAUUAGAACAGCAGCUUAGAGAUAAUAUACGAGAUGAUGAUGUAACAGGAGGCAUUGUAACAAGGACCAAAGGAAGCAUGCAGGAGUUUUUCCAGAAUGAAUUGAAAAAACAUGAGACACUGAUCACCUACCUUGAACAGAAUCUAUCUGCCCAAGACAACAUCCUCAAGGCAAUGACUGAAGCCAAUGCUGCCUAUGCUGAAAGACGCAAGAUGGUUACUGGUAUUGCUUCAAAGCGUGAGGAGAAGAUUGGAGAACUCAUCAGCUCUUACACUGUAUACGACGAUCUCAUUGAGAAAUCUAACAAGGGCAUUGGCUUCUAUAAGAAACUAGAAGGGACCGUGACCAAACUACUCAACAAAACCAAAGGAGCCGUGAAGUCAAAUCAUGAAGAGAGACAGGAGAAGAUAAAAAAGAAAUAUCCACCUCAAAGACCAGCUGCCCCUAAACCAACCCCAUCUGUAGCUGGUUAUCCAGGGCUAAGUAUGGAAGGUCUACAGAUUGGUCCAAAUGGAUUGGUAAUAGCUGGACCUCUAGGCCCCACAGAGCCAGCGUCUGUUUCUUCUGCACCACAAGGACCUAAACUUUCAGAUUACUGGAAGCCCAAAUCAGGAAGGACAGCCAAAUCGUCUGCAUCACAACUUCCACCGAGCCAGCCUCAUGUGUUUCCAGGAAUGCCUGCUUCUGCUUCACCAGCAGUGUCCAUGCAAGGACCUAGUCAGGUACCUUACUCUCAAGCUAUGGUAUCUGGAGUUUCAUCAGCUGGAAUACCUGGUGCUCAACCACUUCCAGCUAGUGUUGCAGUUGUACCACCCCAGGUCAGCAUAGCUCAGCCACGGGUACCUGUACAACAGCAGUAUGGUAGUCCGGGUGGUCAGGGGGCACGACCAGUGGCAGCAGUGCCACCAUCAAAUGUUGGGCAACCUGUUCCAACAGGACAUCCUCAGUCAGGUUUUCCUCCACCAUCCCAGAAUUUGCCUCAAGGGGUUCGAAUGCCAUCUCAGAACAUCUCACAGAGCCCUCAUGCAUCUCCUGUUCACCAAAGUAGGGUACCACAGCACCCAGCAACAUCCAUGACCAGAGAGGAUAGUUUUUCAAGUAGCUCAAGUCAAAGUCCAAUUCGUGUUCCCCAACAAGGUCCUGGAGGUGUGCAAGUCCAACCUGGUCAAACUAAUCAGCAAUCACAGAUGCCUGUUGCUCAUCAGCCCGGUGCUGUUCAUCCAAAUUUUCCUGUGCAAAGCCAGAAUUACAGCCAACAGCAAGUUGGACCUAACCAAGUAAUGAUGCCCCCUGGUGUCCAACUAGCACCUCAGCCAGCCCAGAAUCUGCACCAACCAGCUCAUUUUCCUGCACACCAGGUUGCGAGUUCAGGACAACAAAUUCCAUCAUCUGCUCCUUCCCAUUCACAACAGCAAGCAGUUGUGCCUCAGUCUUUUCAACCUCCUGUGCAGCCUCCUGCAUAUGGCUCUGAACAGCAUGCAAGAGCCAAGGCUGCAAGUAUGGGGAUGUCAUCAGCUCCUACACAGCCGGGAGUACCACCACAGGGGACCCCUCCUUCGUCUUACUCUUCAGCUCAUUUGCCAAGUGCAACCAACACCACUCCCAGCCACAUGCCUGUAAAUUCUGCCCCCAAUCAGAUACCGAACCAACAACAGCGACAACAAAUCACACCAGGAAAUAUCCUGCCUUCUCAGGGGGGACAACCUAUCCAAAAUAGAGCUCUUCAACCAGGAGCAUCUAUGAUCAACAACCAACAAAUCAGUAACAUUCAAAUCCCAUCUCAGGUUGGUAUGCCACAGCAUCAGCCAACAUUACAACAUGGUCAACAAGGAGGACAUUUGCAGCAGCAACAGCAGCAGCAGCAGCAUUAUAGUCAGCAACUACCCAAUUCUGGGGCAAGGUCAGUAGUCCCAGACCAUAAAAUGAUUCCACCAUCAUCAGGAACUGGUCCAAUUCCACAACAACAAGGGAAUGCUCAGAUGAUUAGACCUCAUCAACAGCAGUUUCCUCAGCAACCAAAUUUCCAAUCCCAGACAUCCCAGCCUCAGCAAUUCAACACACCACAGACUUAUUCUCAAACAGGAAACAAUGUCCAGCCUACUCAGCAGUAUCAUCCACAAUCUGCUGCCUCUCAUCAACAAGGGCAGCAAAUGGCACUGCAACAGCAGCAACCACAGAAAGGUAUUGUUCCACAAGAACCACAAGUAAACCCUGUACAUCAGGUCCCAGCAACUCAUCAACAGAAGUUCUCAGCAAGUAACCAACAUCCUCAGCAAGGAUUUGUUCCCCAACAACAUCCCAGUCAAGUUCCAAUAUCUCAGCAGAGUGCUUCAAAUGUUCAGAUGCCACAGCAACAAGUCUACCACCAAGGCUAUAAUCAGGGUCAACAGCAACAGAUCAACCAACCAGGACAACAACCUCUAAACCAACAAGGACAACAGCCUGUAAAUCAACCAGCACAGCAGCCUCAAGGGUAUCAGCAACCAUCAGGUGGUACACCAUAUCAGUCUUCUCCCAGCAAACAUGUGCCUUCUGGUCCACAGGGUGGUACGCCGCAUAUUGCAAACAAUGUAAGUGGACAACAGGUAGCCAGUUCCAUACCACAGCAGGUUCCUGUUAGACCUGCCUUGAAUCAGCAGAACCAGCAAAUGCCGCACCAGCCUCAUCACCCGCAGUUCAAUCAACAAAUGAAAAUGCAGCAACCGCAACAGAACCAACAUCCACAAAUGCAGCAGCAGUAUCCUCAACAACAGCAGCAUCAGUAUCCUGCACAGCAACAUCAACAGCAACAAAAACCUGUACCGCAUCAACAACAACCUCCAACACACCGACAGCAACCACCCACACAGCAGCAGCAACCACUUCCGCAGCAACAUCAACAUCCUAACCAGCAGCAAUAUUUUCCACAGCAGCAGCAACUGUCAAAUCAACAGCAGCCACAUCCUCAACAGCCACAGUAUCCUCAGCAACCUCAGAGCCAGCAAAAAAAUUAUCAGCAGCAACCAAUUCCUCAACAACAAAAUCUGCAGCCAAUGCAGCAACCUAGACCACCAGCACACAACUCUAAUAUUGUGUCUCAGACCAACGUCAGACCACCAUUCCAGCAAAAUCCUCAACAGUUGCAGCAACCGUUGCAACCAAUGAGUUCAGUGCAGCAGAUAACCCAACAACAAAGCUUUGAACAACAAAGACUACCCCAGCCAGUGUUACAGCCCAUGAAAGCCGGUGCAAAGCCUGCAACUGAUCUUCUAUCAACCAGCCCAGACAGGCAAAAUCAACCUCUGAAGGAUGUGCUUGCACCACAAAGUGUUGCAUCAACUGCAGAGGUUCUAUCAGAAGCUACACAACCUGCCACAGAUCCAAAUUCAAAUGUAUCUGUUCUUGCCAGCAUUGAAGUGCAACCACAAAGCACCCCACAAAGUCAACAACUGCCCACUUCAACCCCCAGCGCAAGUCGAACUACAGGUCCUUCAUCCACCACGGAUAUACUCGCAGAAUUGAAGCUUCAGCCUGCUCUUUCAAGCCCUCCAGUCAUCACCUCUACAUCAUCUUCAGUGAACAACUUAAGACAACCCCUCCCACAAGGAGUGUCAAAGACUCCAGACUCUACAACACAGCAACCAGUGUUGGCCAAGAUGCCUGGUGAUAAGAAUCCAUAUGCUGAUAAGGAAUCUCUGGAGAAAUUUGUGGAGGAGGUGGAAAGACUGGAUAAAUAUGUAGAGGGAUUGAAUCGCAAGAUGCUCAGUGGACCUACUGUCAUUGAAAGAUUGUGGAAGGAUCUGACUGACUAUCAGGAUCGAGAGACGCGUCAGUUUUCCAUUGCCAUCGCUCGUUGUUACUCUGUAAAGAACAGACAUCCAGACAUCAUGCCUUAUGACCAUAACAGGGUGUGUCUUCGGGGCACCAGGGAUGACUACAUCAAUGCUAGUUUCGUCAAAGAUGUUGUUGCGACGAGUCCUUGUUUCAUAGCAACGCAAGCGCCACUUCAACCAUCCCUGAGUGAUUUCUGGUUGAUGGUGUAUGAACAGCAGGCUUCACUCAUUGUCAUGCUGCUCUCAAAACCAACUACAGGAAAGGGUUCAACAAGCUUCAUCAGCUAUUGGCCAGAGGAUAAAGGUCCUGCCCAGAAAUUUGGUGACAUCUCUAUCAGCUUACAAUCAAAGCGAACGACAGACUACCAUGUAGAAAGGAUUAUCCAUCUAACUCAUCUACCCACGAGACAGAUGAGAACCAUCACACACCUACAGUUCACUGCCUGGCCUGAGUUUGGAGUACCAAGUAGCCCUGGAGUACUGCUGCAGUUCAUUGAUGAAGUUCAGAGUUAUCAUUCUCAACAACGCAAGACACAGAUCCCCAUUGUGGUUCAUUGCAGUGCUGGUAUUGACAGAACUGGUGUCUUCUGUUUAGUCUACACUGCUGCCCGGGAAAUCAACGAGGGCCAUGGGAUCACUGAUAUACCCCAGAUUGUCAAGAAGCUACGACUACAGAGGAAAUGGAUGGUGACAGAGAAGGAACAACUCAAGUUUAGCUAUGAUGCCAUUCUGUGUUAUGCUCAUCAUGCUCUGGCAAAACGUGGAGUAGCUACAAAGAGUGUUGCAGCUGCCUCUCCCCUUGACGCCAAAAUUGCACCCUCAAGGCUCAACUCUUUUGAUGUUAUCAUGGGAACAGACAAUGUAGACACCCUCAUCUCUCGCAUCUCCAAGUUUAGUGUCAAGCCCAACCAGCCUCCCGCUGCUGAAACAGUACAGGAAGAGGUUGUCCCAACUGAGGGUGUUGAAGUAGAGAAUGCAGCACCUGCAAGGUCCAAUGAACAAGAUGGCAAUGACCAGCAGGAGACAAGGGACAAGGUGGAUGGAGACAUGGUAUUUCAGGGUAUCCCAGACCAAGUUACAGGAGACAGCCUCCAGGAUCCUUCUAGUAACUCCACCCAAGGCUUGCUCAGUAACACCGGAAGCAGUACUCCAUCAGGGAUCAGUUCCUUCACGUCCUCUCCGGCCCAUUCUGGCCACAAACCCAAAUCCCUUGACCAGCUUCAGGCCAAUAACCUUGAAGUCUUCUCCCAAACGCUGCAGAACUUUGUAGCACCGGAUGUUGUUGAAUCCAGCACCAAACAGGACACAGCCGACAACACCUCGGAAGGAUCCGGAUCGAUGGAAGGACCAAGUUCAUCGCUUCCGUCAAUCCUGGCUGACCUUACUCCUCAGAACUUCUCAAUGAAGGAGAAAGGUCAGACCAAACAGAAGGUGUCCAAGGCUGAUUUCUUGGAAGGGAGGGAGGGCUCAAGGACAGCAUUGACAAGUCUGAUCCUGAUGAUCCCUUCAGUGGCCUGGAUCCUAUGUGGUCAAUGAAGAGCAAGAGCUCGGAACCAAAGCAGUCGUGAUCCUGUCAAAUAAACUGUUGCAAUAUAAAAGGCAAUCGUCUCAAAGUGUUAUAUUUAUGUUAUUUAAUUAGCAAAUGCAUGCGAUUGCUAUGCUUACGUAUUGAAACUGGAAUAUCUGUAACCAAAUGUCACUGCUCAAUUUGUAAUGUUCAUCUUUUCAUUAUAAAACCAUCAUCAUUUAUGUCAAUGAAGACUUGUUCAGACUUAGCACAACAAAACUUAACAAAAUAUUUGUGUACAAAUUCAGUUGGAAAUGAGGCACCCUCAAAUGUUAUGUCUGUAGGCAAAUUAUGGCAGAACAAUUUGUCUGUGUUGAGUAGGCCAAAUAUUGUGGCAUUAUUGAAAAUGACUAUUGUAACAAUGAAAGGCUAAUGAUUUACACAUCAUCAAAACGAGGGACAUUAUUAUGCCAUGCAUUAGUCUGCAUAACUUCAGAUUUUUUUGAAGACUUGAAAUGUAUAAUACAUGUUCACUAGAAUUGUUUUGGCGAUGUCUCACCACGUCUGAACAUGGUGAAAACUGAGGCUAAGCUUUUACACAC